GAGAACUAUGAGAAUGUGACCUCGCUGGGGUUUCCAGUUUCCAAACCUGAUGUCAUCUCCCAACUGGAACGAGGGGAAGAGUUGUGGGCCUCAGAUCUCCAGGGCUCAGAGGAAAGAGAGAUCCUGAGAGGCAUCUGCACAGGUGAUGGGAUGCUGAGUGAGACCAUGAAGCAGAAAGAUGGUCAUGGGAAAUGUGUGUCCCUCCAACAGGAAUGUCCAUCAGCUCCAGAUGGGGGAACUGGGAAUCACUUCAACUAGGUACAUGGAAGUUAAAUCUACCUGGGCCUUGACUGCACUAGGAUAUUCCAUGGAGUUAGAUAGCUGGAGUAGCUAUCCUGAUGAAAAAAUAGUGUUUUUACAGUAAAGGAAAUAGCCCAUGUAUAGUGGCCAGGGAAAUUUAGCAAAUUUCCUCAAGACCUGACAUAACCUCCGUCACUUCUAGUCUAAACAAAUUUGGAGCAUCAUAUUCAUACCUUUCCUCCCACUGCAAAGUGAUUGUUAGUCACCAGGUUCCCUCACUAGGGACAAAUUGUCUCAUUCCCGGUUGUUCUCACAAUGCUCUGGGUUGUGCUGAAUCACUGGGUUUUGUAUCAUUUUUCUUAUUUUAAAUAUAACAAAGAGAAGGAGCAGGAUUAGGGAUAGGAAAAUAUGUUUUUUUCAACUUCUGUGACACCUGAAGUGGUGAGUUGGAAGGAUUCCCAUGUUCAGAAUUAGCUCAGCAGUAUUUUCUCUGUUUGAGCCGUAUAGAAUUUAUCUUCUACACAUUCUACAACUCUGCCUCUCAAGGUGUCAUAUGAUUCAGUGUUCUCAGUCCUCUGCUUGGGAAUCACACUUUGUUUUCUUUGAUCUUCAAACCUAGUAAUUUAUGGCCUGAGAUGAAAUUGGCAGAGACCUGGAAAGGGCAUUUGAAUGGAUCUCAAACACAGGGCCGUCGUUUGGCGUUUAAAUCCCAGUUUCCAACGGUUAGCAAAGGGGAUGGGAUUGUUUGCAGAUGGGAAGGUUGGCUGGGUUUUUGUUUUGUUUUUUGUUUUUUUUUUCAUUACAAUGAUUCUAGAAGUUUUGUAAAUGAUACAACUCAACACUAAUGAGUGAAGCGGCUUUGAAUGGAUCAGAGGAGAAUGCAAUGAGAGACCCUCUUCUCUUGGUUCUGAGUCAACACAUUUAACCUGCUCUGGAAUUUCUAGUUCUGUGAAACUGGAUGUAUCUUAUAUCUCUCUGCGAUGUGGGUUUUUCCUCUUUCUUGAGGGCCAUUUGGCCACAAAACAGGAUAUGAGUUUGAUUUGUCAAACUGUGGCUCCGAUUUAUUGGGGACUUUGAGAAAAUGACUAUUUUAGAAAGUAGUCAUUUCUUUGUUUAGUUUUGCUUUUUCCCUGCCUCCCCUCCAUGAUGACAUGGAGAAAUUUCAAGUGCAGUUCAGUCAACAGAAGAGAAUUCUCCGAGUUAUUGGACAUAUCACCAACUGUUUUUAAAUCUCCAGUCUGAAAUGGCGAACAACAGCACGCCCCAAAUUAUGCAACUGACGGGAGUAACUGGAUACAGUCACAGUGCUGUUCAAUUGUUUAGGUCAAUAUUGUCUCAGAUGAUCUGGGCAGAGAAUUCCACAGUAAGUGAUUAGGCACUAGGCAAAAGGCUCGUAUAUGUUUCCCAAGGCAGUUGUGAUGCAGGGUCUUGUGACAGACUUGUUCACACCCUACACACUAUUACAAUAAUUUUUGUAUAAGGCAUGUCUUGUGAGGUACCAUUUAAAAAUUCAUAAUUUGCUGAUCAGUAGUAUGGAAAAGUACACAUAGCAGCACUGUAUGUAAUGUAAUAAACACAAGCUGAAAUCAUGGCUAAAAGUAUGUUUGGCAGAUAAAUCUGAGGAAUGGCUGAAAGCCAUUCCUCAGAGAUCAAAUGACACCUCAGCCAAGUGCAAACAAGGCUGAUGGACCAUGCUAAGUGGCAGGAAAGGGGGCAAGAGUAAAAAAAUCUGCAUUUUAGGCCUUGUCUACACUACAGAUUUUUUUGUUAACAAAAUGAUGCCGCUUUAAUUAAAGCACUUUAAUUAAACUGCUGUUGUAUGUUCACACUAUACUACUUGUGCUGGCAGACCGCAUCCACACUAGCAGGUCUUGCACUGACACACAAAGCAGUGCACUGUGCAACAGGACACAGGCCGCUUUGGGAAGGGCUUGCAUGAUGCAGGUUUCUCAAUCCCAUUGUUCCAUGGGCAUCCUACUAGAUUGCCAGCUGUUUUUCAAUGGAAGUGUGUGUGGGAAGUGUGUGACAGGGAGUGUGUGUGUGGUGGGGGAGAAACAAAGACAGUGUGUGUCUUGAGGGAGAGUGAGUAUGUCGGCAUUCUGUCUCUUUAAGUUCAGACAGCAGCCAGAAGCAACCAGUCCUGAGGUAGGAACACACACACACACACACACACUCUCACUCUCUCUCUCUCUCUCUCUCUCUCUCUGCACAGCAGAGCAAUCCCACCCACAGCAGCAGCCUACCUGCCGUUGUGUUCCUAGUGCCGGGGAGAGCAGAAGGAUUCCAUGUUAAUGAUUUGCUCCUUGCUGCCGGAACGGAGCAGCAUGCUCAGCUGUCAGAACUUCCUAGAGCUUUGAAACGGGAGGGGCACAUGCCUGCAGGGCAGCCGAAUUCAAAACAGUGAGCAGAGUGGUCACUGUGGGCAUUCUGGGAUACUGGGGGAGGCCAGUUAUGGCGACAUAAUGAAUUGCAGCAUCUAUACUGAUGCUUUGUCACUUUAACUUUGCAGCAAAAAGCUUUGUCUCUCUCAUCUAAGUGGUUUUGUUUUGUCGGCAAAAGUAGCAUUGUAGCAUGUGCACCUCCACUGUUUUGUCGGCAAAGCUGCCUUUUGCUGACAAAACUGUAGUGUAGACAAGGCCUUAGCAAAGAAACAGCAUGGAGUUCUCGUGCACACAUCUCCUGUAGCCUUGCUCCCACCUGGAAAUGCUUCUCAAAGGGUAAGUCCAGACUACCCGCCGUACCGGCGGGUAGCGAUCGAUUUAUCGGGGAUCGAUAUAUCGCGUCUCGUUAAGACGCGAUAUAUCGAUCCCCAAACGCGCUCC